UUAUUUUUUUAUGGAAAGCCGACAGUGAUGAGGGCAGGUUGAGGGUUUUCCGCUGAUGUGUGCACAAGCAAUGGAGGGCGAGGCACUUAUAUUAGAGGUGAUGGUCAGAGCUGGAGGGGGACUCGAGGCUCGUCGAAGGCUCCAUCUCGCGUCAGCCCAAACACACACACUCACACACAGCACAAGUCACCAUGGAAGCUGCCAUCAACACCAUCGUCGGCCAGUUUAAGGAGUUUGCUGGGAAGGAUGGAUCCUCCAGCACACUGAGCAAAGAUGAGUUCCACAAGCUGGUGACCUCCCAGCUCCCCAACUUUGUCAAGAACGCCAAGGAUCCCGGAGCCAUUGACCAGCUGAUGAGCUCCUUGGACGAAAACAACGACGGCGAGCUAACUUUCUCCGAGUUCUGGCAGCUGAUUGGAAAACUGGCGUGCAAACAGGGAGGCUUCUGUCAGUAGAGAUUUCCCGUCGACUCAGCAAUCAGAUCAGCUCAUUUAGGCUGUAAAACUGAUGGUUUUAUCGCUCUGGCUUCGUUAACCAUUGGUUGAAUGAGAGGAACUCUGGAUUAAAAGCUCUUUUGUUUUAAA